CUAAAUACUGAAGGAUUUAAGAGGGUCAAGUCAGACUUAACUGUUAACAGGUUCUCUCGACACUGAAGUUAAAAGAUCCACUGCAGCUCUGGGGUGAAGGCUUCUUUGAGGGAAAGUGAUAAUUAAGCAAAAUGAAAAUCAUUGGGGCUGUUGCCAUUGUUUGCUUUCUGGAUUUCUGUGGCUCUGUUCCAGAUGAUUGUCAGGCAGAGAAAGAAAGGCUGCAAUCUCAGGUGAGAACUCUAGAAGACAAAAUUCUAAAGCAACAAGCUGAAAUUGACCAGAUCCGAAGCGAUAAGACAAAUCAGAUACCUGGAGCAGAAACCACCGACAGCUUCAUUGAUCUUGGAGGCAGAGCACAGUUUACAGACUGUUCUCAGAUUUUCAAUGAAGGGAAUACAAAAAGUGGAUUUUACAAGAUUCGGCCUUUCCAGUCAACAACUGACUUCACUGUGUAUUGUGAUAUGACGGAAGGAGGAGGAUGGACAGUCAUCCAGCGACGAGCCGAUGGCUCUGAGAGGUUUGAUAGGUCCUGGAAUGAAUAUAAGGAAGGCUUCGGAAAUCAGCGCAGUACCCGAGGUGAAUUCUGGUUAGGAAAUGAAAAACUGCACCAUCUAACAAAGCAAAGAAAUUACAACCUGAGAAUUAAUCUGGCGGAUUUUGAAGGAGAGCAGCGGUAUGCUGUUUAUAGUGAUUUUAAAGUUGGAGAUGAAAAGAGUUCCUACCAGCUAACUUUUGGAUCUUACUCCGGCACAGCAGGAGAUUCCCUUUCUGGAAGUUUUCAUCCAGAGGUCCAGUGGUGGGCAAGUCACAAUGGAAUGAAAUUCAGCACUUACGACAGGGACAAUGACCGCUAUGAAGGCAACUGUGCUAAGGAGGAUACAUCUGGCUGGUGGUUUAAUAGAUGUCACUCUGCCAAUCUAAAUGGCUACUACUACAAUGGGCCCUAUGCUGCAAAGACAGACAAUGGAGUCGUUUGGUACACAUGGCAUGGAUGGUGGUACUCCAUUAAGUCGGUCGUUAUGAAGAUAAGGCCAGCAGAAUUUGAAUCAAAGGCCUAAACAUGACCGUGAUGGACAGUAACAACUUAACACAAGCAAGUGACAUUCUACAAGUCUGCACUCAACCUUGGUGGUGGAACUGAAAAGCCGAAACAUGAUUAAUGUACACUUAUAUCUGUGAAAAAAAUGAUAAAGGUGAACUUAUGUCUUUGCAUUAUUAUCAGCUGAUUUAACUAUAUGAAAUCAGUAUUUAAUAUCUGUUAAAAGAAUACGGCAAGAUUAUGGAAAAAUGUAUAAUGUAGCAAAAUUAUCAUUUUUUCUCCAUGUCCAUUUUCCAAAUGUUUAAUCAGUGUUAACAAGAAAAUAAAGUUAUUACUGUUCAGCAUUA